AUGACUCCUCCCACAGACGCAACUGUCAUGAUCUCAUCUCCUCCCGUUCAUCACGAUGUGGACAUUCAUGAAGCAUCCCCUCAAUUCUCAUUCAAUGUGCUUCCAUUAGAGUGUCGACAGCAGAUUUUAUGCGCCCUUCCAGAUAUUGAAUCACUCAAAUCCGCCAUACUAAGCCAUUCCUCCUUGUACUCGGCUUUUUACAAUCACAAGACUGCGAUCAUAUUGCAAAUCAUUCAACGCCACAUACCCAGAGAGCUACUCGCAUACGCUGUCCUGUGCUCCCACGCAAGGAAUAUCGAGCCAUGGACAAGGGCAAAAGUCCUCGAUAUCCUAGACAUCUACUUCAACCGUUGCCUGGUCGACUCGUUCCAUUGGACGAUAGGAGCGGCUCUGGCUCUGGUGACGUUUCAUGAAAGUGUGACCUUUUUCACCAAUGAUUAUAUCGAUAACGCCCUGGGUCUCGUCGCACCUUUGAACUUCCCCAUCCACGCACCGUCUGAGACCGAGUGGUGUCGUGUCGCGAGAGCAUUCUACUUACAGGAGACGAUCAACCAUCUCUUCUGCUUCCGGAACCGACAAGAACGCUGGAUUAGUGAGGGCGUCAAAUAUGCACGUCCAUCGCCCUCUGAAUUCCGGCCUCGGGAAAAAUUUGAAAUAUUCUUCAGCAAGCACGCGCCCUGGGAGAUGGAGCAAAUCGGCGCAGUCAAUGAGUACUUGUACUGGAAAAUCUCACCAGCUUUUAACCACAUCGCAGCACACGACGUCGAGUUGGGUUACUAUACCGUCUACUUCUCGGACAGCGAGACAUGGGAGGCUGUUAUGGGAAGCCCACACAAGAGGGGUUUUCUGCUGAAAGGACUGGCCCCCCUUCAUCGAUUUGUGGCAAGAGCCAACCACAACAGCCGCCUCGGGCUCAUCUCGAUUCGCAACUCGCGUUGCUCAAACUGGCUUUUGGUCAAUGAACUUGAGUUCUCGCAGAAGUUCGCUGUGCAGGGCUUUGAGUCUACGUUCUACAGAGAUCUCACACCUGGACAAAUUGCCGAGAUCGUGGGCAAGGCGUUUGCGGACGACAGCGACUCUGGCCCCCGUCAGGCAUGGCAAUGGGCCCACCGCGAUACGCGUUGCUAUCAAUUAAUUUGUUCCAAGGACCAUCGUGAGCUUCGGCGAUUUGGAUAUGUCAUGUGGGACAACCAGCGUCUCCAGCAGUGGGCAGCUCUGGGGGCUUCUUUCCAGGCGCCUCAGCCAGACGAUGACAGUCAGGCGGGCAGACGCUGGACGGCUAUGUGGCCCUUCAUCGAAAAAAGACGAAGGAUGUACGAACAUGGGGCGCGAGGAUGGUGGGACGGGGAAGAUGGGGAAGGAAUAAGAUGGAUUCAUGGGGCGAAAUCACCCGAAACCCAGCGGAGACUGUUGCAGUAG